GUUGAAACUAUAUUGAAGAAUAAGUCUCUACCUCAUUUGCCUCUUCUGGUUUGUUGAGCUUGAAAAAUUAAAUCUCAUUUAAAUCAGAGGAGAAUAAUACAAAAAUGAAAAUGCCAGUAGUUUCAGAAAUAUGGAAGGCUAAAUUAGAUAAGCCAUUCAAUGCCAUGGCACUGGCGGUAAUCUUUAGGUAAGUUAACUGUUAAGUACUUACACUUACUUAGUUACUUAGUUAACUUACUUAGUUAACUUAGUGUUACUACUAAGACUCUUGUAAGUCUAAACUCAAAACUAAGUAAGUAGUAAUAUAAGUCUUAAGUAGCCUACCUAAGUUACUACUUAAGUGUACUUUUGAUUAGUCUUAGGCCUAGGCUCUUACUCUUACUCUUAGCAAAUUAAUUUAAAUUUAAGUAAUUAUUACUAAGUUAAAAGUAAGGUAGACAGGCCUAAAUUUAAAUUGAAAUAAAAAUUUAACAGUUGCAGUUAAAUAAGCCUAGGCCAAGUUAUUAUUUUAAAUAAAAAAUUAGGUCUGAGUUGCUAUUCUUGUUCAUAAUAGUAGUACAUACAAUAGUAUGUAGUUAUAUAUUUUAAAAUAAACAGAAACUGGUCCCUCUCCCGGACUCCCCCAUGGACAACGACGAGGCCAUGACAGACAGUUUCGGCUCAUAACAGCAAGAAAAAGAACACAGUACAGGAACUGCUCAUUCCUGUCAAAGUCAAAGACAGUCAGCGAAGUAGCUAUUCGUAUCCGGGUACCAGAAGUGAGAGGUUGGGAUUAAAAAAACUAUUUAAAAUAUUGUUGGGUUUGUAAGACAAAAUGAGAUAUCAAAAUGGCCCCGGACACGCAGCGCCGCCAUUCGCACCCGGGUCCCAUUAGACCAAUGCUAUUCAGAUGUCAUUUGUGGUAGUUUAUUUUAGUUAAACUGAAGAAGUAAGUUUACAAACAUAUAGUCCAUUCAAUUAUCUUUCAUUUGAUACCUUAUUUUGUCUUAUAAACCCAACAAUAAUAUUUUAAAUAGUUUUUUUUAAUACCAACCUCUUACUUCUGUUACCCGGAUACAAAUAGUCGCAGCCGACAAUCAGGGACUGGAACAAGGCUUCCAAAAAGAACAGUUCAAGCGACAAUCCUUGACACAUUUGCGUCUACUCCCUCAGUCUUACCCUCGCUGUGUAGCCUACUUUGCAACCAGUGAAAUAUCCUCUUCAAUACCAGGCACAAAAACAUUGCGAAUCCCCUCUACGUACAUAGGAGCCAGAAUGAUCAAUACAUUGAAUUGAUCAUAGGCCCUUAAUAUUUAGAAGAAGAAGUAAUAGUAAUAGUAACGUUUAGUAUAAGUAUAGCAUUCUUACUACUAAUUUUUCUUCUUAUGCCUUUUAACCCCGUUUGGGGCAUAGGCAGUCCACAAGAAUUUUCCAUUCAUCGCGGUCCUGUGCUUUCCUUUCCAGUUGCUUCCAGGUGUAUCCCAUACUUUUUUGCGUGUCUGCCUCUAGCUCACAUCUCCAGGUAUUCUUUGGCCUUCCUUUCUUUCUUUUUCCCUGUAGAUUCCAUGUUAAGGAUUGUCUGAUGGUAUCUGGGGGUUUUCAGAGAGUAUGCCCUAUCCACCUCCAUCAAUGGGCACCUGGUAUGUCCUUUCUAGUGAAUCUUUGUUGGUGAUAGAUAGGGAAGCAAAUAAAUUUUUAUAUAUUUUGGUCCUAAUUUUGAGAGAAAGAAUUGGCCCUGAUCUUAAGUAUCUGUGAUGAAGAGGCAGUAAUGUAUUCUCCAAAAUUGUAUUAGAUUUUAAAUGCAUAUAGCUUCAAAUAGUUCUUCAAGUGAAUUUAGUUUUAUUUUAGUGAUAUUAUUUUCUUGAUAAGUCUAUUUAAUUAGUGUUGGGUGAACAACCAUGAAUUCCCUCACCAGCAGGUAAGAAAAGAAGAGUCUUUGGUUAACUUUUUUAUAUAGAAUUAAGCCAUGUAAUUUCAUGAUUCCCCCUCUGGAAAUCGACAAUCAUUUUUUCAACUAUGUUGCGGUAUAAAAUUUCCCCUUUUGAUAUUAAGCCAAUGAUGGUGGUAUCAUCAGCAAAUUUAAUGAUUUAUAACUGUGUUGCUUGGGCUCUGGAUAUCAUUGAUAUAUAUUGUAUACAGGACAGCUGGAAAAACAUAACCUUGUGGUACUCCGGCACUGAUUUCUCUUGUUCAUGAUAAUUGACCAUUUACUUUGACAUAUAGCUGCCGAUUCGUUAAAAAGUCAAAAUCCAUGCCUGAAUAUUAACAAAGAGUUGGUAGGAAAAUAAAUAGAGUAAAAUAUAAGAAACAAAAAAAAUAAAUGGUAAUUGAAUGUAAAGAAACAAAAAGUUUUAAAAGACUAAAGAAAAAGACAUUCUUCCAUGUGGUGCGAUGAUUUGGAACUUGUGUAUCAAUAAUAGUUGUUUUUUUUCCCCAACCCCACUCUUCUUGUGUGCUGGUGGAGUGAAAAAUAUUUUGUAAUGGACACAUCCUUUGACACUUUGUGAUCAAGUGAGACAGAAAUUUGAUUUUCUUGAUCAAUUUUGCAAAGGUGCUGGCCAUAGCUUUCCAAUAGUCACUGUCCAGUUUUGCUGAUUUAACACAUUUAACAAAUAAUGAUGUAAAUGACAUUGCAGCAAGUACUGGAGAAACAAUCUUAUAUCAGAAAUAAACUCUUAGAGGGUGUUAAAAAUGACAUCACUUGUCUAAGAGGGUAGGUCUUGAAUUUUUGCCGAUGCAUGAUAGGAGAGUUUAAUUUGUGAGGGGGGUAAAAAAUCAGCCAGAGUAAUUUGAUGUCAUUUAUGGAGGGCCCCUUAGGAAAUUAAUCUGUUGAGGUAAGAUGACUUAAGGGCAAGUCUUACAAUGGCUAAAUUCAAAUGACUUUGUCCUAAAGUGGGAAGGUGAUGGCUCAAAGAUGGCUAUGACAAUGAAGAUUGCAUAAAUUGUUAUCUUUUCAAAACACCAAAUCAGUGGGGAUGGAAAAAUGUUUUGUGCAUCAGGGUCAGCAAGGAGAAUGACCUAAUUUAUUUUUUUAAAUCUGUUUGGCUGUGAGAAUAUGGAGAGGUUAGUUUAUAAUAAAUUUAGUUCUGUCAAUAUUGUCACUCACAUUGGACUAAUCAUUCAGCAUUUGUGAUACUUUUUAUUGGUUCAACCAGCACCCACUUUGUGGCCCGCGAAGUAACGAAAUAUUCUUUAUUCUUAUUAUUUUCUUAAUAGUUUUUCCCCCUGUUCUAUUUUCUUUUGGCCCCCACAAGUCUCUCUUAUUUUCUUGUGGCCCGCACAAGUUUUUCAUAAAGCAUUACGGCCCACCUUACAUUUUGAGUUAUGCAGGCCUGUUGUAAGAUAUAUUAUUGAAUAUACAUUAAGCAUAUAUAUUAAAUCAUAAAGUUUAUCAUUGUUUUAUUUAUAGAUCCAGUGGGUUGAGCUUCAUAGUAGGCUGUGAGGAUGGCAUGGUUAGAAUAUAUGAUCUCUCAGCAAAGCAUCUCGAUGAGAAACCAAAGGUAUUUUAUAGACAUAUUCUUUUCUUUUGCUGUCUUAGCAGCAACCCCUAAGGUUGAGUUCAUUUUAUAUUCUAUUUUAUCAUGACAUUCUUUACUUUGCUUUUUAUCUAUUUUUUGUAAAGUGGGGUGGGGAUGUAAAAUGUAUAAGUAGAAUAUUAGUUUUUCCUUAAAAGACAAUGGCAAUGACUACUUUAUUAAAUUAUUUACUCUUAGUAUACUAAUGAAAUAUGGAUAUAUAAAAGUGAAAAUUUGUGGGUUUGUUUGUUCCACAAAGGCUUUUACAUGGAUUGAUGGAUCUUGACCAAACUUUGCACAUAUAUUAUCAUAUAUCCAUCAUUAUCCAGAAUAAAAUAAUUAUGAACUUUUUAUAACAUUCCGUUUGGGGCCAGGGGCCCUGAAUUCAUUUUUUUUAUAUGAGCUAUAUAAAUAAAAUUAACAACAAAUACUCCUACAUGAAUAGUUAAAUCUUGACCAAACUCAGUACACAUACACUUGAUUAUCCAUAUUCAAAUACCGAAGGGUACUGAAUUCAUAAUAUCCAUUCCCAUGAGGUCUGGGGCCCCAUUUCAUUUUUCCUUAUAUAAGCAAUAUAAAUAUCAUAUAUGGCAUCCUUCCGUCUUUGCGUGACGAUGGAGUAGCUAUAUUGGCAUACACUUCAACAAUUGGCUCACUAGGCCAAUCCUGGAAUGACAAUCUCGACUGCAUUUCACACAGGAGAAUAUUGAUUCCUGGUAAGAUUUGGCCUUCCGUACUGUUCUAUUUGUUGCAAGGGCUUCGUUUCGGGCAUCUUCUGACUUUUUUACUCCUUCAUACACUACUGUUCGCCAUUUGUGGAUAUAAAUAUCAGUAGGCUUAGUAAAAACUAUAAGUUUUUUGCGAAUUGAUGAAUCUAGUCCUAGGUUGGUAGCAAACACUUCCAUACUGAAAUAUUGGUGGAUUUAAAAUGAAUACUAUCCAAUUUGAAAACGAGAUCCCAUCAGGAUUGGGAUCUCAAUGGGGUCGGGAUCUCAAUUGGGGUUGGGAUCCCGAUUGAGAUCCCAAUGGCCUCCGGAUUCCAAUGAGAAUGGGAUGCCAUCGGGAUGUGGAAUCCCAUUUGUAAAAGGGAUCCCAUCGGGAUCAGGAUCCCAAUAAGAACGGGAUCCCAUUGGAAAUGGGAUCCCAUCACGAUCUCAAUUAGGUCUGUAUCCUAUAGGGUUUGGGAUCAUCCUCUUGGAAAAGGGAUCGGGAUCCCAUCAGGAUCAGGAUAUCGACAGGAUAAGGAUACCAAUGGGAUCGGGAGGCAGUCCCGGGCAACUCCGGGUAUAUUGGCUAGUAACUUCAAUAAAGCUGUGACAUAUUAAAUUGAGAAAUCCUCCAGGGUAAAAGUAUGGUAGUUUUUCUUUAAUAUUAAGUUGGGGGGUUUACCCCCCCAAAAUGCUUCAUUGAAAUUGUAUGACUUUAUUUUACCCUUUUUUAAAAAUGAUUGCUGAAACUUUCACGACCAGUAUGUUUAGCCAUUCUAUUAUUUCUUUGUAUACUGUGACAAUACUGUUUUCCCAGACAGUUUUGGAAACAAAAAGUGGUCCAAUUCAGUGCUUGACGGUUCAUGAUGUCACAAGAUUUUAUCACAAUGAUCUGAUAGUUGGUGACUCCUGUGGAAUGUUGACAGUUUUUUGCAAUCGUCAAAUUUUGUCUCGGCAGUCCUUAUCUUCAGAUAGUAUUAUAUGUUCCACAGUCGUGGAAGACAAUGGUAGGAUUUCAGUUUAUUCAUUUAUUUAUUAUUAUAAAUUAUUGCAGUUCAAAUGGAUCAUUCAAUAUUCUUUGUGAUUGAAGUUUUGAAGAUAGAUUUGGUUUAUUGUGACCUGCUUAAAACUUGAAUAAUUUUGUAUAUAUACAUUUUUCUAGGAGGGAGUCCGGUUAUUGUUUGCUCCAAUGACUCUGGUGUUAUAACAGGAGUUCAACCAACUGAGGAACUAUGGAGAAUUGAUUUAAAUAGUUUAUCAAAUAAAGUAGGUUUUUUUUUAAAAUUAGAAUCACCUUUUACAUUUAUCUCUGAAUAAAUAUUUAUGUAUAAUUUGUAAUAUAAUAUUUAAUGUCCAGAAUUAUUUUAAAAUUACUUUUUGUUAGAAGAUACUGUUUCUAAUGAACUUUUCAAAUGAUAUUUACAGAAUCCAUCUUCAAUCGUGAAAAUAACCUGCCUUUUAGCAAUACACAUAACGGAUGCAACAGGAAACAAGAGGCAGUAUUUACUGGUGGCUGAUAAUGCCAAGAGAAUCCAUGUCAUUAGCAAUGGAACUCUUGUCUCUUCUCUCAACGCCCCAACAAAUAUAACAGCAGUGAGUCUUUUUGUUGAGCUGAUGAUCUCUUGCCCUUAUUUGCUACUUAUUUUACAUGAGUUUUUUCUUUUGUUGACACUUUUCUUUUGGUCUAUCUUAUCUUAGGUUAUUUACGUUACGCAUAUUCCACUCUAAUGGGUUCUUUCAAAAUAAAUAUUCAUUUACUACUAUAUUCCACUCUAAUGGGUUCUUUCAAAAUAAAUAUUCAUUUACUACUAUAUUCCACUCUAAUGGGUUCUUUCAAAAUAAAUAUUCAUUUACUACUAUAUUCCACUCUAAUGGGUUCUUUCAAAAUAAAUAUUCAUUUACUACUAUAUUCCACUCUAAUGGGUUCUUUCAAAAUAAAUAUUCAUUUACUACUAUAUUCCACUCUAAUGGGUUCUUUCAAAAUAAAUAUUCAUUUACUACUAUAUUCCACUCUAAUGGGUUCUUUCAAAAUAAAUAUUCAUUUACUACUAUUGCUUCUAUAAAUAGAUCUUUAUGACAUUACUAUUUUGCCAUAUUCAGAUGACACAAGGGCGAUUUAUACCAGCGAACAAACUUAGUCUACCAUCUGGUCAGUCUUUGUCUUCAGAUGCAGAACAAGUAGCUCUAGGCUCAAGCAGUGGCUCUGUCUAUAUCCUGCACAACUUAAAUGUAAGCUAUUAUGUGUAACUUACAGAUUAUUAGCGUCCUUUGUCAUAAUAUAUGGGGUUUCAUUAAUUUCAUAAUUAUUUCUAGUUUUUGCAUCUUCAUCAUAAUCCUGAUCCAGAGCCAUUUUGCCAGGUGUCCUAAUGUUAAUUAUAUAAAACUUAAAGAAAACAGAUUAUUAAGCCUCUUCCUACUACAAACCAACUGACAGCCAUAGUUACUAAUAGUGUUCAUCUUCCCACCCCAGAUCAUUCAAAGACUCCAUAACCUUUUCCCAGCUUUAUAAGCUACGUCACCUCUGCCUGUCAGAUGAACAUGUUUUAGAUAGGACAAAUGAAAUGAUGGACUUCUUCCACUCCAGAUCUUAUCCCUAGAGUGCCCUUUUUUUAAAACUCAGUCUUAUGAGUACAAUCACAGUUAAUGAGACUUCUAAAUGUUCUUUAAACAAAAAUGAGGGUCGAACAAAACUCAUUCCUUACCUACCACCCUCACAAUGUGAUUGCCAAAAAAAUAUUGUAGAAAAAUUGUCAUAAACGCUUUGCAGAUUCUGACACAAAUAGAGUGUUCUCAGCUCCUCCAUUUAUUGUCUGCAGAAGAGAUAAAAAUUUAUGUGACCUCACUGUUCAGUCGCCUUCAAGCUGACCCUUUUCACUAAACCGUGUUCAAGAAGCUGUGGUAGGACUUGCCCUCAUGUUCUGGAAACUAAACACAUUUGCUUCCCUAAGGGACCUUUGCAAUCAAACAGGGCUUUACGUGAAUAUUAAUUGAUAUGUGAUUGUUUGCCAAAAAUGCCGCUUCUGUUAUAAAGGUGAGACAGGAAGAAGGCCAUCUGAUAGGUUGGUUCAGGGAACAUCUUCGGGAUAUUGAACAAAACAAGCCAUCGCCGGUCUUAUCCCAAUUCAAUGAAGGUGAACACAAGGGCACAUGAGUUGUAUCCAUCACUGUUUUAAUUUCUUGCACCAAUAUACCAGCGAGAGUAAAGAAUGAAAAAAAAUUAAUUCAGAUUUUCUGCACCAUAUCACCAAAUGGAAUGAAAUAAAUACUGACUUACUAGGGAUCCUUCAUUUCCCUCCAUUUCUAUUCUUAAUUUUUGAUGUUUAAAAUUUUACCAUAAAGAUGCUUAAAUUCUUUAACCUUGAUAGUACACACCACAGAAUAAUGUGGGGUGCACUUUUUGGUUUUGAACAACUCAACUUCUGUUUCUAACAAUAACAUAGAGCACUUCCUGCUCUAAACAAUGAGCUACAUUGACUUUACUUAGAACUUUGAAAACAUAUUUUAUUUUUUAUUUAAAAUUUACCUGCUAUUUAUUAUCGUAUCCGGAAAUUUGAUCCAAAGAAAUUUCGUUGACGGAAAUUUGGUCGAAUCUUCUUUUCAAUUUUUACGUUACAAUUUCGCAUCAAAUUUCUUUUUGAACGAAUUAUUUUGUUUUACUAAAUAGUAUAGUGCGUUCAAAAAGAAAUUUGACAAAAAUUUUAACGCGCGAACGGAAAAAAAAGAAUCGACCAAAUUUCUGUUCGCUCAUAUUACCGUCGACGAAAUUUAUUUUGAUCAAAUUUCCGGUAACGAUUUAUUGUAUUGUAUUGUCUGCUGAAUUAGGCAUCUAGCCCAAAUGUCUGCUUGAUUGUCUUGUCUUUUAUUUUCAAGCUAAUCAUAUCUUGUUCCCCUAUUUAUUUAGCUUAAAUGAAAUAGAAUAAUAAAAAAAUUUGGAAAAUCAAAAUAUUCCAUUAACUUUAGUAUAUGAUAUCUCAUAGAAGUAGGAAUUGAGGAUUAUUUUUAAAAGUUUAAACAUUCACCCUUAUAUAACACUUUUGAAAACUAUAUUUUAGAUCACAUUGGAUGAUUAUGUGAAUACUAAACACCCCAUCACAAAUCUCUGCACACUGCCUCAGCCAGAAAACUCCACAGACCUUUUGCUUUGUUCUGGCCAUUUUAGUUCAUUGCAUCUUUACAGAGAUGGCCAGGUAAAUAUAAUCUUGUUAAUCCAAUGGUGGCCAACCUUUGUUGGGCAAGGGCGGCAUGGAAAUUCAUUUUUUAUGACAGGAUGCAUGGUAAUAAAUUUUUUAAUAAAUUUAUAAUUAUAGUGAGAUGAUAACCAACAGAUAAUUAGUUUAUGGAGCAGAUAGGGGAGUCUGUUAGUGUGGAAUGAAUUUUUAAUUUUGUAGGGAUUAUUAUUAAAGUCUGAAAAUUUUACUCUGUGAUUUUUAAUUUUCAAAGGCAUAUACCAAUAAUCAUUAACAGUUCCCGGAAGGUCUUGCAGGCCAGAUAAAACAUGUGAACACAUGCAAUAGGUUGCCCACCCCUGGGUUAGUUACUAAUUAAAUUAUAGUUUCUCAUCAUUUGCGCAUUCAUUUUAUUUUAAAUCAUUUCCCAAAUAUUUCUCUUCUUUAUCCUCAUAGUUAAGGUUUCCAAGAGCUGUCUACUGCACAGCUAUCAAAGUUCAAUAUUUUAUGGCAGGUGGUGAAAUUACUUUUUAAACACCGAAUACCGGUAUGAUACUCUGGUUACAAACCUGGAGUGUUUUUAAAAUGUGUUAUCUCCAAUGGUCUGCUGAUUAAUAACCAAAUUAAGGAAGAGUUAAAAUGUUGGUUUUUUUUUUAAGUUUAGUUUUAGGUCAACUGCAUAACAGCCUGCCACACUUGAUUUAAAAACAAAAACCAUCAAUAUUAAAUAAUCCUAUCUGCAUAAGCUCCCUCCACACAAAAACCAAUAAAGUUUGGUGGUAAACAUUAAAAAAUGAAUCUGCUAUCUAAGCCACCACUAAUUUCUUACUAUUGUUUCAGCUUUUGAUGGAAUACCCAACAUCUGACUGGGUUAGCAAUAUAGCCACUGCUGAUAUAGACGAUGAUGGUGCUCUGGAAAUCAUAAUUGGGUGCAUGGACAGGACAGUUCAAGCUUUGAAAAUAUAGGUUUACCAGUUUGUAACAAACCUGGUGAAGGAUGUAAUUUUUGUGUUUUAACAGAAAUGAUGUAUUGUAAAUGAGUCACAGGAGAAUGUUAAUAUCAAUAUUUUAUGUA